AACGGUACGAUCGGCCCGUAAUGAAAAGGUGUGAUAAAAAAUCAACACCGUGGAGAUUGAAGCAGUAAAGGAAUCGAAGUUCCUUCCCCCACACCAACAACUCCAGGUGUUCCAUGCAGAUAUGGAACAGUUUGAAAACCGCAACAGGCUGCAUAUCAAAGGAUCCUGACCGACUGGAGUGCCAUGAAUCGGAACAUGUGCCGCCGAAAUCACGGAACAUAUCCCAUUAAUAGAACGGUACGAUCGGCCCGUAAUGAAAAGGUGUGAUAAAAAAUCAACAUCGUGGAGAUAGAAGCAGUAAAGGAAUCGAAGUUCCUUCCCGUACACCAACAACUCCAGGUGUUCCAUGCAGAUAUGUAACUCCGUUGAGUACCUGGUGCCCUUGAGUCCCAUAAUAGGUCUCUAGUUGGUUACGAUAGUCCCUCAACAUUCCAGGCUCCACUGAAAGACUCCAAGACACCAACUCCAGACGCUCCUGCAUUAUCAAAGGAUGAGGUUCUCCUUUCAGGUCUGUCAGAAGGAAGGGGAACGAUGGAAGGAGCAGAAAAUGAUCCUGAGUGAGAGCCAACAAAUCUGGGAACCUCGCUUGACUCCUCCAUAACGGUGUGAUGAGGUCUUCGACACUCUGAUCCAAUGGACUACCCUCGCCACCACUGAGAAUGGUGGGAACGCAUGCGCUCCCUUUGGGGGCCAUGGUUGUAGAAAGGCAUCCACCACUUCGCACUGUGGAUCCGGGAGCCAGCUGUAGUACCUUGGUAGUCAUGUGUUCGUCCGGGACACGAAAAGAUCUAUGAUUACCAAUCGCUACCGUCAUGCCAGUGUCGGGGGAACUGAAUCACCCGGGACGGGGACAGAGCCGACUUCUCUCUGUUCACUAUAAAACCCAACGAUUCCAGAAACUGUAUUAUAAAUCUCGUCUGUGACUGUAGUCUGGAAGUGGACUCACAAAAAAAUUGUAAGUCAUCCAGGUAUAUGAGACAGUGGAUACCCCUUGCUCUCAUGUGUUCCAUGACUGGCUUCAGAAGCUUCGUGAAACACCAUGGGGCCAAGGUGAAGCCAAACGGUAGACACGUGAACUGGCAAGGUCGAUCUUUCCAAGUAAAGCGAAGGAAGGAGCGACUUACAUGCAUCAUGGGAACCGAUAGGUACACAUCCUUCAAAUCCAACCGUGUGAAUCAGUCGUUCUCGAGGAGUAGAUCCCGUAAGAGAUGGAUACCUUCCAUCUUGAAGUGUUGGUACGCCACAAAUCCAUUGAGUUGGUGCAGGUUGAUGACUGGACGAUAGUCUCCCGUCUUCUUUCUAACUCCAAAAAUGUUGCUAAAAUAGCCCUGAUCUUCUGGAGCGAACUCCAUGGCUCCUUUGGCGAACAGAGCUUGAAUCUCCUUGUCUAUGAGUGAUAUGUGGGCUUUCGCUGCCCGUAGUGGGGUUGGUCAUAUGACCUGUACCGGAGUACUGGUGAAUUUUAACACGUACCUCUUUAUCGUUUGGAGAACCCAGGCAUCCGUGGAGAUGGCUUCCCAGUUCUGUGGAAAGAGAGACAGUGUGCCUGAGGUUAUACCUGACUGACAAAGUAGUGGGAGAGGCAUGCUCACCUGAAUUGAAGCGUCCACGACCUCUGCCUCUAGCGCCCCUUGAGCAGAAGGAUCCCCUUGCGAAGGUGGUUUUUGAGGAUGGUAAGAAGGGUUGAGGCGUGGGUUGAUGUCUGGGGCCUGAGGACCAGAAGCUGCUGGUGGCCUGACCCUCUGCCGACCAGCCCUUCCAAAAAAAACCCGGCUCGGUGUAGGGUUGUGGAAGACUUGCCUGAUGGAAGCCUGUGCCUUGUUCAGGGUGGUAAACAAGCCCACGUGCUACAUGAGCUCUUCCAUAAAUGGCUCUCCAAACAAUAGAGGGCCUAGUUCUUUCUUCCGCAACUCCAAUAGUUUGGAAUCCAUUUUUAAUAGGGCUGCUUUGCUCCGUUCCGUGCACAUGGCUGCAUUCGUGUUUCCCAGCAUGCAUAUUGGCCUUUGCACCCAUUCCCUCACAUCACGAGCUUCUAGAGGUGUGUCUUGGGUGAGGGCCAGGUCCGCAAAAUAUAAUAUUUUUGCCAGGGGACCGAUCAUGUCCAGCAUUUUAUCCUGAACAGCUUUAAGCCCUUUUUCUAUGCCCUUCCGUGGGUCCCGGCCUGAUCGGAACAUAAAUACCAUCACUGUGGUAUCGAACUCCGGGGUGAGGGCUAUCUUGUCCGGUAAUAGAGGGCGUGAGUUCUAGUAAAGAGAGACUUAAGCAAAUAUGAAGCCUCCUGUCAUGUUAUAAAAUUUGUGCAUCUCUUUGUAUCAGUGUGUUUGUGUGAGUAUGCAUUUGCGUGUAUCAUAGUGUAUACAUGUGUUCAUGUAACAGUGUGUAAAUGUGUACAUGUAUUAGUGUGUGUAUGUCUAUGUGAGGGUAAUAUGGUAUUGGCAAUGCAAAGGUAAAGUGACAAAAUACAUAAUAUUUAAAAUUACCCCAUCACACCAGCCUUUACAGUAUUUAUACAUGACUGCCAGGCUAUGAAAGCAUAUUCACAUAUUCCAGCGCUGCAAGCCUGCCCUUCAAUAUAACUACAGCUCCUUAUACACACACAAUGCAGCCACUAUUUUAUGUUUCACUAUGGGUGUUAGUGGGGCCUCAUGUUUGAGUUUUGCCUAAGGCCUCGCAGAGUCUAGAGUCGCCACUGCACGUCAGUGCAGUAUUCUCAUGCAUAUGCACAAUUAUGUCUAUGGAGGAUCCCACAAGACCACAGGAGCCUCUACAAAUAUUGUCUUACAAUACCAUAUUCCUACAGUAGUCUCUAGCAGUGGGAAGUGACAAACUUGACAGUGGUAUCGGUCAACUUAGGCACUUAACAUAAGACUAAUCUUUACUUUAUCUACAAUAUCUUUUGACUGCAUUGAUAUGUCAAUAACAUUUCAAUGCAGACUUUAUGAGCAUGAGAUUUAAACUUUAUGAUAUGCUCAAUGUUCUUUAUUGGAUGACAUAACUGGUUUAAUACAUUUAUUUUGUGCUACUGCAAGUGGAAUGGCUGAUAAAUGUUUAUUUUUUAUUUUUCUUGGAACAUUUAUAGUUUUACAGAAUGUUCUACAUUUUUCCUUUCUGUCUUCUCUGAUGGCAAAUAACUAUUGGCAAGAGAAAUGGAACGAUUACAUUUAUCCACUAUACUAAUCCAUGAUACAUCUGUGUACUUGCCAACUACAACAACAGCAUAUUAACUGAUUGUAGUGAACAUUUUAUAGACAUCCCAAUGAGUCAUCAUAAGUAGCCAGUUGACAUGUGAAUGGCAGAAAUAUUAGUUUGGUGCAAAUUGAUUUGUUAAAAAAGAAAUAGGUUUGGUCAGACCGAAUUUUAUCCAUGUGACGAUUUUGGGUAUAAGGAAUUUUACACAUGCAAUCAAUUGCUAGUUAAUAAAUUCCUUAGAAUAAUUAUAAUCAUUAUGUAUUUGAUUGUUCUGCUUCCCAACUGGAUUGUGGUCUCAAGAGACUUCACCAGUUGAAACCAAGUUCAUUAGUAAUCUCUCUGUAGCUCAUUUCCCAAAUGGAAUUCAACAUAUAUAAUUUAGCAUUGGAGAUGAUAUAGAUUUACUUUACUGCAUCCCCAGCUGAUUACAAUGAUAAUACAGACAAAUGGAAGAAGUAAAUUGUGCUUAUUUGAAGGUAAAUCUGAAAUGUUAUAAAUUUAACAAUGUCAACUUAUAUGCCUUAAUCUUUUUUUUUUUAGACUACAUUAUUUAUUGUAAAGCAAAGUUAAAAGGUAACAAACUUUUACUGCACAACACAUUAAUGAGGGGAAGGCUCAAAUACAUUUUCUAUGUUUCAUCAGUAACAUUAUUUGGAAAAUGGGGCAAUAACCCCACCUCACUGAAAAUGAACAGCACAGUUUAUAGUACAGAUGGCGUUUAUAAAUAUUUAAUGUCUUUUAUUAAUUGUUUUUUUUUAACUAAGAAGUCUGUAUUGCAUAGGUACUACGUGAUUUUGUUAAUAAAAUUAUAAAUGUAUUUUUGUAUUGAAACAAUGCAUUAACUUCAUGGACUGUCACAUUAUCCCAAAACACAUAAUUCAAAGACUUGCUGGCAAGGAAGUCACUACAAUGUUUAGGUUUAUGACUAUGGUUGAGAAGGCACUUUUUAUACACUGCUCAAAAAACUAAAGGGAACACUUAAACAACACAAUGUAACUCCAAGUCAAUCACACUUCUGUAAAAUCAAACUGUCCACUUAGGAAGCAACACUGAGUGACAAUCAAUUUCACAUGCUGUUGUGCAAAUGGGAUAGACAACAGGUGAAAAUUAUAGGCAAUUAGCAAGACACCCCAAUAAAGGAGUGGUUCUGCAGGUGGCGACCACAGACCACUUCUCAGUUCCUAUGCUUCCUGGCUGAUGUUUUGGUCACUUUUGAAUGCUGGUUGUGCUUUCACUCUAGUGGUAGCAUGAGACGGAGUCUACAACCCACACAAGUGGCUCAGGUAGUGCAGCUCAUCCAGGAUGGCACAUCAAUGCGAACUGUGGCAAGAAGGUUUGCUGUGUCUGUCAGCGUAGUGUCCAAAGCAUGGAGGCGCUACCAGGAGACAGGCCAGUACAUCAGGAGAAGUGGAGGAGACCAUAGGAGGGCAACAACCCAGCAGCAGGACCGCUACCUCCGCAUUUGUGCAAGGAGGAACAGGAGGAGCACUGCCAGAGCCCUGCGAAAUUACCUCCAGCAGGCCACAAAUGUGAAUGUGUCUGCUCAAACAGUCAGAAACAGACUCCAUGAGGGUGGUAUGAGGGCCCGACGUCCACAGGUGGGGGUUGUGCUCACAGCCCAACACCGUGCAGGACGUUUGGCAUUUACCAGAGAACACCAAGAUUGGCAAAUUCACCACUGGCGCCCUGUGCUCUUCACAGAUGAAAGCAGGUUCACACUGAGCACAUGUGACAGACGUGACAGAGUCUGGAGACGCCGUGGAGAACGUUCUGCUGCCUGCAACAUCCUCCAGCAAGACCAGUUUGGCGGUGGGUCAGUAAUGGUGUGAAGUGGCAUUUCUUUGGGGGGCCGCAUAGCCCUCCAUGUGCUCGCCAGUGGUAGCCUGACUGCAAUUAGGUACCGAGAUAAGAUCCUCAGACCCCUUGUGAGACCAUAUGCUGGUGCAGUUGGCCCUGGGUUCCUCCUAAUGCAAGACAAUGCUAGACCUCAUGUGGCUGGAGUGUGUCAGCAGUUCCUGCAAGACGAAGGCAUUGAUGCUAUGGACUGGCCCGCCCGUUCCCCAUACCUGAAUCCAAUUAAGCACAUCUGGGACAUCAUGUCUCGCUCCAUCCACCAACGUCACGUUGCACCACAGACUGUCCAGGAGUUAGCAGAUUCUUUAGUCCAGGUCUGGGAGGAGAUCCCUCAGGAGACCAUCCGCCACCUCAUCAGGAGCAUGCACAGUUGUAGGGAGGCCACACAAACUACUGAGCCUCAUUUUGACUUGUUUUAAGGACACUUCAUCAAAGUUGGAUCAGCCUGUAGUGUGUUUUUCCACUUUAAUUUUAAAUGUGACUCCAAAUGCAGACCUCCAUGGGUUGAAAAAUUUGAUUUCCAUUUUUUUUAUUUUUGUGUGAUUUUGUUGUCAGCACAUUCAACUAUGUAAAGAACAAAGUAUUUCAGAAGGAUAUUUAAUUCAUUCAGAUCUAGGAUGUGUUAUUUUUGUGUUCCCUUUAUUUUUUGAGCAGUGUAUAUUAUGUUUUUGCAAAAAAAAAGAAAAAAGCUGUUAUUACUUCACAAAUCAAUAUUAUAGAAAUUAAAUGUACAGUCAUGGGAAAAAGUACACCCUCUUUGAAUUUUAUGGUUAGCAAAAGCAGGUCUUAAAAUGAGGUACAUUCAACCCCAGAUAAUUAACAACACAUGACAUAUUACACAGUCAUGAUUUAUUUAACAAAAACAAAGCCAAAAUGGAAAAGCAAUGUGUGAAAAAAAUAUAUCCUUACUGUUUCCAUUGUAAUUAAGAGGCUAAGUAGCAGACAGGUGCUGCUAAUCAAUGCCUGUGAUCAAUUGAUCAUCAGCAAGCGUGACCACCACUUUAAAGCUGAAGUUUUACCAUGACUCUGUGACAAUGCGCAUCAUUUAAAUUGAAAAACUAAUUUUAUACUAUGAUACUGGAUCGAAAAAAAAUGUGUUUGUACAAAAGUUAGGUAAUAGGAAAAGUGUUUUUAUUUUAUUUCUCCAUUUUGUACAAAAGUUAUAUUUCAUAUAAAAUAAAAAGGUGAAAUCUAAUUUUUAAUCGUUUUUAAAUAAUUCUUGGAAAAUAAAUAUGAUUAAAUUAUCAUUGAGGUUUAAAAUAUUUCAGUAUGUUUUCAUAGAAAUAUUAGUUAUGGUCGAUGGUAAAUCAAGAACAAAUAAUAUAUUUUAAUUUCCAUACAUAGAGGUGAGAUUCAGAAAAAUUGGAAUUAUAGAGUAAAACAAAAAAAAAAAUAAGAAGUUAGGAAAGAUUAUGCAAAAAGAGUAUCUUGAUAAAACAACACUUAGAAGUACAGUUUAUAGAAGUUGUUAAAUAUUUAAUUUAUCUAAUAUUAAAUAGGUUAAAAAGUUUAACAUUUUCUUUGCUCUCCUGUUAAAAAUGUAUAUUUUCUUCUACUGGUCUUUGUUUCCUCCUUGUUAAAUGGUGAGUAUGACAAUUGUUUAUCUAUUUAAUGCAUCCAUUUUUAUCCAUUGUUAAAGUGUAUGAAAGUUUCCAUUUAUCAUAUUUUAAUUAAAAUCCAAAUAAUAUUUCAUCCAAUAUUAGCAGUUUGUAAUGUAUCUUCAUCUUGAUCUAAUUGUUUAAUAAUCCAACCACUACCAACACAUCUAUAACAAUGUUGAUGCUAAUCCUUUAGUUUGUAUUAUUUUGCAAUUCCAAAUAAGAUAUUACAAAUCCCACCUGCCUCCAGCCUUGUUCCAGCACUGGUUAUAAGAGGGUUAGAAAAAUAAUAGUGUACACGUUAUGACCACAUGUACCAUUUGCACUCUUCUGCCAUGCUGCAUUCCCCAAAAAUAUAAUUACAUUUUACAUAAAUUCUUUAACCAGUGUAUUUCACCAAUUAAAGUGAUUGUACUCAUCGCUGGACUGGGGUACAAAUCAGCCCUGGAAAAAAAUGUAUGCCAGCCUCAUAAGUCAUCUCCACUACAAUAGAGACGAUAUUAUGCUAUUUAAAAUGUAAGUAGAAUACUUACCUUCUUUUUAUAUGGUAUUUUAUAUACAUAUUGCACUAUUGGAUAUUUCUGCUUUUUAUAUCUGCAUAUUAUUGUGUUACUGGUAGGAAAACACCAUCACCACUGCAUAAUAAAUACUUAGACGGGGAUUGUAUCGUCCUCGCCCUACACAGAAGAGCUUUGAGUAGCUCUAAAUAGUCUGAAUGUGAUUUCACUACAAAUACCAGGUUUUAUCAUGUUAUACAUGUUUCACAUAAUUAUUUGUUUAUUGUUUUCUGUUUUUGAGAUAUUGGACAAUACAGUCUAGGAGGUCCCCUGUUUUCUGAUACAUGUAUGUACAUUCUUCAUUACACAUAGCCGUUCAAUUUCUUAAAAUGCGGUUUAUCAUUUUCUGUUUUUACUUCUCUGUUUGACACUAGGUUGGGGAAUCCUUGUAAGAUUUACUGCUGCCACACCACUAUUAUAUCGAGCACCUAAUCCUCCACUAUUUGUAUUAAGCUGACUGACACACUCACUACAGACAAGCUCACUGGCACACACAUGCUCACUACAGACAAGCUCACUGACACACACAUGGCCACUACAGACAAGCCUACUGACACACACAUGCUCACUACAGACAAGCUCGCUGACUGGGCACUGAAUUGCUGAGAAUUGAGAAGGGAGACUUAUAGUUCUUUAUCCAGUCACCAGCAGACUAAAUGGAACUGCACCAGCCCCCAUUACCUCCCUCCUUAAUUACAUUGGACUGAUAUAAACUGUCACAGUCAAAGAGGAAAAAUAAUUUAAAGUGCAUUAACUUAAUGAUCAGAGCUGUCUGCCCGGCCCCAGGUGUCUCGGUCCACUGGGAAAUCUCAUGUUAUCCUGUUGGGCUAGUCCGACCCUGAUUGUACUUACUUGUCUGGUCUACAGGUGGUAAGGCUUUUGUACAUCUAUGUUUUUUUUCAUAGGAAUGUGUAUGAAUAUUCAUCUGAUAUUGCAUGACAUUUCAUUUUUAAUUUAUUAUAUAUUUAGCAAAGGAUAAACAAAUAAUUUGAAAAAUCUAAAACUUUGUAAAUAUAGGUAAUUUAAAUUUGAAGGAGAACCUAAACAACAAUCUGUACAUGAAAUUAUUUUUUUAUCCUGAUUCCUGAUGUAAUGUGCUUAGUAUAUACAGCCAUGGGAAAAAGAAAGUACACCCUCUUUGAAUUCUAUGGUUUUAAAUAUCAGGACCAGUGGCGGAACUACCAUGGUCGCAGGAGUCGCAGCUGCGACCGGGCCUGUCACUCUAGGGGGCCUGGCCACCCUGCGGACUCCUGCAGCCAGGUGCCCGCUGACAUGUGUUGUGCCCCUGCCUUGCGGUAGAUCCGCUGGGGCCACACGUUAAGGGGCCCAUCGGAUGGCCCAUGAUUUUAGGGCCUCCCGAUGGCAAUGAAAAUCCAGAGGGUCCAGUCAGCACUGUGGCGCUUAAAGGACCACUAUAGUGCCAGGAAAACAUACUAGUUUUCCUGGAACUAUAGUGCCCUGAGGGUGCCCCCACCCUCAGGGACCCCCUCCCGCCCGGCUCUGGAAGGGGGAAAGGGGUUAAAACUUACCUUUUUCCAGCGCUGGGCAGGGAAAGCUCUCCUCCUCCGAUCCUCCUCUUCUCCUCCCCGUCGGCUGAAUGUGCACGCGCGGCAGGAGCAGCGUGCGCAUUCUGCCGGUCGCAUAGGAAAGCAUUAUCAAUGCUUUCCUAUGGACGCUUGCGUGCUCUCACUGUGAUUGUCAAUGAGACAGCCACUAGAGGCUUUGGAGGAAGGCUUAACCCAUUCAUAAACAUAGCAGUUUCUCUGAAACUGCUAUGUUUAUAAAGAAAUGGGUUAAUCCUAGUUGGACCUGGCACCCAGACCACUUCAUUAAGCUGAAGUGGUCUGGGUGCCUAGAGUGGUCCUUUAAACAGAGCGACUGGGUACCUUGUGAUGAGGUCAGAACGCAAGGAAGAAGUGACUGCCCCAGUCACUUCCUCCCAGCAACCAACAGGAGCUGCGUGGGAGGAAGAGAGGAGGGAGUCAGAGUGAGAACUCUCAUCAGGCUGAGCCACCACUGGACCCCAGGGAAGUCACCCUCCUGCAGCUAAAAGGUAGGAAACAGGAAGGUGACUUAAACAUUUUGCAUGUGUGUGUGUGUGUGUGUUAGUGUAUGUGUGUCUGUAUGUAUGUGUGUGUGUGUGUGUCUGUAUGUAUGUGUCUAUGUGUCUCUGUGUAUGUGCAUGUGUCUGUCUGUGUGUGUGUGUGUAUGUGUGCGUGUGUGUCUGUAUGUAUGUAUGUGUGUGUAUGUAUGUAUGUGUGUGUGUCUACAUGUCUGUGUGUGUGUGUGUGUGUGUCUGUAUGUAUGUGUGUGUUGUAUGUAUGGGCCUCUGUGUGCAUGUGUGUGUAAGUGCAUCUCUGUGUUUGUGUGUCUGUAAGUAUGUGUGUGUAUGUGUGUUUGUAUGCAUGUGUGUGUGUGUGUAUUUGUAUGCAUGUGUGCAUGUAUGCAUGUAUGUGUGUGUGUACAUGUGUAUGUCUACAUGACAGUGUGUGUGUCAUGUGUCUAUGUGUGUGUCUACGUGUGUGGGGGCAGGAACAUGUGGGGGGUCAGGGACAUAUGGGGUAGAUGUAUGGGGGGGGCAGGGCAAUUUUCGCACCAGGGCCCCGUGGUUUCUAGUUACACCUCUGAUCAGGACAUAAUAACAAUCAUCUGUUCCUUAGCAGGUCUUAAAAUUAGGUAAAUACAACCCCAGAUGAAUAACAACACAUGACAUAUUACACUGUCAUUCGAUAUACUAUCAUGAAAUUGUAACUUUUGGAAUUAAAUGUUUUCCAAUGUGUAACAGCCAGAAACAAUUAUCUUAAAAUAUAUUCAGGUAUCUUUUGUGUUUACUGAGAUCAGUAGUUGACUUCUCAAAACAUAUCAAAACACUAUGAAUAGCAUAAUAUGCACUGUUUAGAGUAGGUAUCAGCUCAGAUAUUUUAAACAUGCCACCAACAGAUGCUGGUAAAUAAAAUAAAAAGCUAUUCCAUCUUUUAACCCAUGGGUGUCCAACCUUUUGACUAUCCUGGGCCGCAUGGAGCGCAGAGGAAUUGUCUUGUCACACAUCAAAUAUAGAUUAUAGAUAAUGUAUAUAAGUAAUAUAUCUUUAAAAACCCUUUUCUUCAUUUUGUUAUUUCAAUUGUUUAGUAGAUAACUCCCUUAUUUGUUAUCAUUGUGUGGGAUUGUGGGAUAUCAAAUUAGGGAGCUAUCUACUAAACACAUACACAUGUGUAGGCAUAUGCACACAUAACCACAGAUACACACACACACAACCACAGACCUAUACGCACAAUCACAAAUACACACACACACAUACAAUCACAGAUCCACACACAUACAAUCACAUACCUAUACACACAGUCACAUGCAUACACAAUCACAAAUGUACACACACACAAUCACAGACCCCACACACAAGCAUACAUACACUAAUAAUCAAUCACAGACCCCCACACACACAUACACAGAUAUACCCACACAUAAUCACAGACCGAUACACACAAUAACAUACAUACAUACACCCACAAUCAGACUUACACACAAUCACAUACCUAUGUACACAAUCACAUACAUACACACACACACAAAAUCACAUACAUACCCAAUCAAAGAUCCACACACAUAAAAUUACACAUCUAUACACACAAUCACAAACAUGCAAACACAUAAUCACAGACACAAAAUCACAUACCUAUAUACACAAUCACAUACAUACACACACAAAAAAUCACAUACAUCCACAAUCACAGAUACACACACAUAAAAUCAAACACCUUUACACACAAUCACAUACAUACAAACACAAUCACAGACACACACACAUAAUCACAGAUAUACACACAAAAUCACAGACACACACACAUAAUCACAAACUUACACACACAAUCUCAGACAUGUCUACAGAUUCCUGCUCCCCCACACACAGUCAAUCACUGACAAAACAUACACAAAAAUCACAUGCACACAUAUUUAAUACUAAAGAGGUCUACCCAGCCUCCCUAACUUGCUCUGGGAGCGCUGGAGUGGGUCCUUUUCCUGGAGAUCAGUGAUUGCUGAUGGGUCGGAGCCUGGGACCUCUGUGCUCUUCGUGCACAGGUCCCUUGUGCACCCAGCAGUGAUGCCGGGAUGCUGUCAAAUCCCGCCAGACAGCUCACUGUCAGGCGGUGAGGUACCUGCAUUUGGAGGAGCACAGAAUAUAAUGGGCUCAUGGGUGUACCUAGAGCUUUUGGCACACCCUCCCCUAAUUCAAAAGUAAAAAAACACCUACUAUUUUUUUAUGUAUUCUAAUUUUUCUUUUUUAGCGCCUACAACAACAGUAAAAAGCAAUAAAAAAAACUUCAAAUCCCUCCUUCUACAAAACACCUGCCCCCUCUACAAAAACCUCUGCCUAGUCCCCCUUCUACAAAACCACUGCCCAGUCCCACUUCUACAACCCCCACCUUCUAAAAAAAAAAACAUGCACAGUCCCCCCCUUCUACAACCCCUCCACCUUCUACAAAACCCCUGUCCAGUCCCACUUCUAUAACCCCCACCUUCUAAAAAAAAACCUGCACAGUCCCCCUUCUACAACCCCUCCACCUUCUACAAAACCCCUGUCCAGUCCCCCCUUUUACAAAACUACUACCCAGUCUCCAACCUCUACAAAAACUCUGCCCAGCCCCCUUCUACUAAACCCCUGCCCCUCCACAAAAACCCUGCCCCCUCUCUCUACAAAAUCCCCUGACCAGUCCCCUAUCUCCAAAAUCCCCUGCCAGUCCCCCCUCUUCAAAAACCUUUGCCCCUCUACAAAAAACCCUGCCCAGUCCCGAGUUGCCUACAGCCCGCGGGCCGCAGGUUGGAAACUAAUGUUUUAACCUAAACGAUUCUGGCAUCACAGCACCAUAUAUCACUCAACGUAUCAAAAGUAAAGUUUUAUAAAAUUUCUGUGAUGACUAUAAAAAAGGUAAAAAUGGGAAUUUUAACUGUAUUUUCUUAAAAAUUUAAGGCAGAUUCAGACUAUAAAAUGUGAUGAAUGGCAAUAAAAUCUGCAGUGAUGGUGAUAAUAAUCAUAUUUACUUUAUUAAUGUUUGUUCUACAGAGCUCAGACUACAAAUGGUCCAAAGAAAUCAAUCUGCGGUGACUGUUUUCCACUUCAGGGGAUUAACAGAUAUCCCUAAUCUGGAAAAGGCUUUGUUUAUUAUAUUCUUGAUGCUGUAUAUCUUCACUAUACUAGGGAACGGAGGAAUGAUUCUUUUGAUCACCAGAAGCCAUAAUCUGCACACUCCUAUGUAUUACUUUCUAAGGCACCUAUCAUUUAUAGAAACUUGUUACUCAUCAGUCAUAAUUCCUAGAACAAUGUCGGAUUUUCUCUCCAGUGAUAAAGCCAUUUCCUACAUAGCUUGUGCUUUGCAAAUGUAUUUCUUUGUUGCUUUAGCAAAUACUGAAUGCCUUUUGUUAUCUAUAAUGGCAUAUGACCGCUAUGCAGCUAUAUGCAAACCAUUGUUUUAUUAUACCAUAAUGAGACAAGAAGUGUGCAUUGCUCUCUCUGUGGUAUGCUACGCUGGUGGGUUUUUCGAUUCUAUGAUACAUACCAGAAAUGUAUUUACCCAAACCUACUGUAAAUCGAAUGAAAUAUCACAUUACCUAUGUGAACCACCCCCAGUUUUAAAGCUGUCGUGUUCCGAUACAUCAUCUACGGAACUUGUGAUUUUUACUGUAGUUGGUAUAAAUUUUUUUGCCUCCAUACUACUGGUGGUCAUAUCAUAUGCCCAUAUAUUCUCCACCAUAUUGAAUAUCAAAUCUUCUCAAGGCAGACAGAAAGCUUUUGCAACUUGUUCUUCUCAUCUGCUCUCCAUAGGGAUAUUAUUUGGGACCCUCCUCUAUAUGUAUAUGCGUCCUACAACCAGUUAUCUAAGGGACCAGGAUAAAGUGGUGUCUGUUUUUUACACAGUGAUAAUACCUAUGCUUAAUCCAAUAAUAUACAGUUUAAGGAAUAAGGAUGUGAAAGUAGCUUUUCUCAAAGUCUGUAAUGUGAGUAGUUAAAGGGAAGGUAUAAUAAAUCCACAUAGUGCUGAGGAAUGUGUUGAUUGUUUAGUCGUGAAUCUAUAUUAACACUUUUUAUUGGAAUUAUAUCAUUUUGCAUAAUGUUAAAAUUAACUCUCUGAUACCUAGAACAAGAUUAAUGAUUGAAUACAACGUCAGAGUUCAUUGGUACAUAAGUAUAUCUUUGUACCCGUUGAUCAGAAUCUUUUUUUUUUUUCAUGGGAAAUAGUUUAUACUGAAUAUAUAAAUAUUGAUGGUUUGCAGUUCUUGGUUUUGAACUUUUUUAUUAUAUAUAAUACAUUUCUUUUCAUUUCCAUUGUUCUUCUUGAAACUGAGAUAGAAAGAAAACAGUAGCCUAAAAUUGGAUCAGUUCUGCCAGACCCGGAACUAUUAGAAAUAUGCAUCUGAUUUUCAGUAUUUAGACAUUUUUCAUAACGGUGGAGAAAGGCACAAACUACUAAUCUCUCUUUUGCUACAUAAAACCUUCCCUCUGCAUGAUGUCUGACUCAUGCUAAAUAUGCUGAUUACAUAUACAUUUGGUAUACGAAUACCGAUGUUACCAAUAUCCAUUCAAAAUGUAUUUCUUAAUGCAGAUGUAGAGUAUUGUGAUUUAUAUAACUAUAACAUCACAUUGCAGCACUACAAAAAAUAAGAAAACAAGUAAUAUAAAUAUGUGUUUAUAAAUGAGUAAUAUUAUUGUUUCUAUGUGUUUCAUGUGCCAGUUGUACACAUUUUAGUUAAUCAUGUGUCAGUGCUUUUCUUGUAUUUUAUUUACACAUACUUUGAAAUGUCUUACAUUUACUGCAUUUCUAAGGUCAUAUCCUGGGAAUUCCAUUUAUAUCUGUGGUAUAUGAAGAUGGGGAACAAACGCAGAAUGCCUAUUGUGUUCUAUGCCCCACCUCCUCUAAACUGUAAGCUCGUUUGAGCAGGGUUCUCAUCUACCUCUUGUUCCUGUAACCUUUCGUUAUUGUCUCAUUUUUUAAAUUUACCUUUUAAUGAACACCAAUAAAAAGUUUGUGCCUUUCUCCUCCGUUACGAAAAAUGUCUAAAUACUGAAGAUCGCAUGCAUAUUUCUAAUAGUUCUGGGUCUGGCAGAACUGAUCCGAUUUUAGGCUAAUGUUUUCUUUCUAUCUCAGUUUCUAGAAGAACAACGGAAAUGAAAAGAAAUGUAUUCUAUAUAAUAAAAUGGCAGACAUAGGUAGACAUAGGUAGAAAUGUGGUUAUUUUGGAUAUAGAGAUGUAUUUACAGAAAUAGAACGUCAAUCACUUAAAUAUUUAAGACUUAAAUACGUAUAGAAAAUUACAUAUAAGUACAACAAAUGAAAUUAAGGAAAAAUAUGAAUUAUUUUUAAGUACUUGAUUGGAUCGCAAUGUAUUGGACAAGGGAGAUAUUUCUUUUUUAUUUAUGGAGUACCAAAGAAUACCGGUCACUUAAAUCUUGCCGAAAUUACAUAAAGAUCUAGUCAACCCUUCACGUAGACCAAGUUUAUCUCGGAUUAAUUCCAUUUUGUCUCCCUUGUCCCAAUACAUUGAUUUUAAAAACUCACUUAAAAUCUUAUCAAUUAAACUGUUAAUAGCUCUCGACUGAUUCCUCUCUUGCAACUGUCACUAGUCUAAUACUAUCCUUACCUUUUGUGUCACUUUACCCCACUCCCUCUAGCAUGUAAGCUCAUUGAGCAGGACUGGUUACAACUACAUGUUUGUUUGUCCAUUCACUAUAAAGCGCUGCGGAAUUUGUUGGUGCUAUAUAAAUAAUAACAUUAUAAUAAUAAUAAUCCACAUGAUUCGAUAAGUCUCUUGAAUAUUUUACAGUAUUGUAAGUAAGUAAGUGGGAAUAUGGGUACCUUUUGAUUACAUGUGAUGUCACUAGUCUGUACACUAUCAUAGAGCAUCAAAAAGGUUGUGAAGCAAUGGAAUUUUAUCUUACACAAUUCAGAAAUCCAAUCAUUUUUAGACGCACUUAUUAAUUUUAUUUUACAAGGUAUCAUAAUGAUUUUAACAAAAAAAAUUUCUAGUAUGAGGAUAAUUGUUAUCUUUAGAUUAAGGGUACUGCUAUGGGGACCAAGUUUGCUCAGAGUUAUGUGAAAGUAUUCAUGUCUUACUGGGAAAAAUCCUAUAUUUAUCAGGGUCAUGAGUUUGGAGCAAACUUUGUCCUCUAUUGAAGAUACAUAGAUGACAUUUUUAUGGUCUGGAGCAGGUCUAAAGAGAAAUUUAACAUAUUUUUUAAUUAAUUUGUUAUAAGAGGGUGGGAGAAGAAAUAUAAUGAGGGUCAUGAACUUUAAUGGGCAUGAACUUUAAGAACAGGAGUAAAACAAGUACCCUGACCACCAAAAAACAGAGACAAAAAAAUAUAUGUUAAUUAAUUAAACUGCUGAUUAUUAAGACUUGACCUUUAUUGGAGUAUCUCUUAAAAAAGAGAUAGUUGUGGUAGCACUAAAAUAAUAUAGUCCACAGUACUGCCCAAAUACCACUAAGACAUAACAACAACGUGAGAUGUAAGUCUCCUAUAAAUCAAUUUAUUUACAAGUGUACAAGGUUAAUAAAACAUACAACUAAAAUAUAUGUGGCAUAUAUAUCAUAGUAUGCAAAUAUACGUGUUGUUUACACAGAACCUGUAGGUAUGUAGUGGGGAUUCUGUGAUGCUAACUAACAUAGCAUACUAACAUAGAACUAACUCAAUUAACCCCCAAAUAAUGACAGACAACAUAGUUUGGCUGAAACAGGCCACUGCAUUUAUUAUAACAUAUGAUAAAUACUGUAUAAAACAUCCAUAAUUUAUUUUGAUCUUUAACUUUCCUUGAUAUAAACCAAACGUCAAUCAUAAAUAACCAUAACUUAACAAAUAAGUUAACACAUAGUGUCGUACUGUAUUUCCCCACCGUCCUUGCCAAUAUACUGACCAUGAGGGGGUGAAGAAGCCGGGCACAAGGUACAGAAUUUACCGAAAGGAAAAAACAGGACAAAUGCUGGAACCCGGCACCGCCCCCAAUUGGACCCACUUACUCUACCCCAAGACAACAGUGUGAAGAAAAGAGAUUUUUCAUUCAAGACUUUUUAGGGCCAUUCGUGACUUUUAUGCUUUAUUAGUUCGGUAGAUAAAACCAUAGAACACCGACCACCCCCCUGGCUCAUUAUCUACAAAGGAAACUGUCUAUUGAACACUUUCUCUGGGUGGCUGCCGUUCGUAUAGCCGAACGCCAUGUGAAAGAGAAAUAAAAAUCUUGUUUGCACGAAAAGAGGCAGCGGGACUUGGUCAUCAAGUGUCUGGAACUAAAAUCAGACACUUGACUUCCCGAACACUGGUAAAAACAUACGAAUGCCUGCUUCCUUUCACGAACAGCUAGGAGAGCGCCGUUCGGUAGUUUACUGCCCACGAACAAGGGGAACAAUCACUCCUAUGAGGGGGGCUCCAUUCGUGUUUUCAUUCGUUUAUUUGACUUUAUCGAAAUAGACCGACCACGCAACCUAAGCUCAUGGAACUGUUUUGGGGCAGGAGCCUCGUAUGCGGUCAGUAAAAUUAGACUUCCAUAGAAUUCAAAAACCCCUGAACUGAUCUGGGUGAUUUUUGAAUAUGUUGGUCACCCAGAUCAGGGCUAUCAGGGGAUAUGUGUGUUUUAGGGUACUUUCCAAGUUUUGGGGAAAAUGUUUUUUCUGCCUGGAGAUAAUUGGGUUAUCCUUUAGUUGACUUAAUUAUCUCACAGGCAGAGAGGAGGGGAUUGUAUGUUUGCAAUGGGAGUGUUUCACUUUGUCAAUGUAAGGUUGUAACCUUUGUGUCCUGGUGCCCCACAAAGUCCAUGUGGGAGGCCCCCUUGCAUGGGAACUUGCAUAAAAGCCAGUGUGGCAUCAAUAAACCAUUAUUCCUGUUUUAUCCUUCAGGACAGCCAGAUCCCGAGAGAGCCCUGCUGCUUGCCAGCCUACUGGCCAAGAGUCAGCACACCAUCAAGAGCCCAAAAUGGCCCCAAAACCUCCAGAGCCUGCUACAGCGGUAAACAAGCGGAAGUCAGUGUUAGAGACCUCCGGAGCCAACCAGUACAUUCUACCAUUAUAGGAGAUCAAGAAGGAAUCCCAGACAACCCCAUGGGCAAAAUCCGACAGGCAAAGUCCAGCUUACCCAGGAGAGACUGCAGGCAGCGCAGUUAAAUCUCACGUUGCCCCAAAGCCAGCGACACCUCCUACCGGAGGUCUUGAACCUUAGACAGUGGCAACCGACAUUCCCCAGCCACAGAAUUGAUCUCGAUAUCCAGGAAACUAAGGCACGUAACCAGACCAACGGGUUUGUCAUGAGCCAGGGAACACCGAAAUGCUGAAACACUUCCCCAAGAACCCACAGCUGCAGAGCGCAGACGUGCGGUGGGUGCAUCAUGUUUACGACCACCGGAGUCAUCGCCGUUAGACCCCACGUCCCCUUGCUCGACAGUCUUGCCCUGCUUGAAACACCGGGAGAUGGGAUGGGCACCACCGCAACCGGAGCACUUGUGCUUGAACCAGCACGAGGAAUCCCACUUACAGAAACUGUCGCUGAAUUUCCAACAACAGCCCGACCUCUGAUUGGGGGCCAAUGAGGAGGAGGGUGUCUCCUCACUGACCCCCCCAAGAAAAGACAAAAAAGUGCACUGUUGAGAACCAGAGGCCUAUGUCCAUCUGGUCCCGGGACAACGAGGGUCGCACCGCCACCCGCUGAUGAAAUUGUUUGGCGUACCUCCACCAACCCAGCCCACCACAGGUCCGACAAGCAUUCCAAGUGUACUGAUAGCAGAACAAUGCGGAGCAUUUCUCUGGAGACUUCUCCCCAACGACGCUAUCCAGGAUAGAAAACGCCCAUAUCCAAAAGUCUUGGGAAUUUUCCGAUAGCGGUAUUUCUCCAUGUCCUUCUUGGACUCCCUACUGUCAUUUUCGACCAAGGGGGGAGCUUACUCCAAUGGCAGAAGGGAAAAUAUUUCUACGAACUCCCCUUUCCAAAUCUUCUCCCUAGUUUCCUGCUUCAAGUGCAAGCCCAGUGGGCCAGACCAGCACAUGUAAGCAGCGCCCCGCGCCAUGUCCGAAAUUCCCGCCUCGUGGGAAGCUUCAUCUGUACCAGCAACAGAGCAAGAUGCCGCAGACAAAAGGGGAACCAAAGGCAAUGUACCACUACCAACUAAGGACUAAGAUUCAGAGGGGCCCAACAGAGGGUGUUUGUUGGGCUGGGGACCAAACAGAUUUAAGUUGACUAUCCCUAAUAGACUCCCCGUGAACUGCCGCCCCCUGCUCCCACUGAUCUAGAAACCCACGAAGACCUGAGAGCAGCCCCCCCAACGCGGGACCUGAAUGACUAACUGAGGGGGGAACAGCACACUUACCCGUUGAAGCUUGGCGUUCCGACCCCGGCACAGCAAGCACAGAAGGUGGAGGCACAAGAAUCAGGAGUGAAGGGAAAACAAUCCUUCACAAAAUUAUUGGGUUGUAUCAAUAUUAAAGAAAAAAGAGGAGUAGUAUUCCCGUUAAUAGGUACUGGAAACUUGAUGAAAGUACCGCACGGAAGACUGAUCAUACAGUUCAGAAAACAAAAAACUAUUUAUUAAGUAAAUAUUAAAAACUGCCAACCAAAGUUGAGGCAAUCACCAAAGUGUAACACACAAAAUAAAUACAGUGUAAGAAUACAUAAAUAAAAAUAAAUACUAAAAUCAAUGAGAUUGGCUUGAUAACAGCAAAUUAGAGAGGUUCUAGUAUUGCACUUACUAGGUUUACCGUUAUAGCACACGUCUCUGCUAUACAGAAAUAUGUGUUAACCAUAUGAUAUAAGUAGGGGAGGGAUGGGGGUAUAGGACCUGAAUGUGGAAUAGGAAAAACUGCCUUGAAUAUAGAGAGCCUAUAUAUGAGAUUAGAACAGACUAAAUAAAUGAAUAGAUAGUUGCUUGUUCGUUGGUUUAGUGUUAGGUUAACUAUAUACCCAUCUACCGAUAGGCUGAGGGCACCUACAUCCAACCCCCCUCGUAGAUAGAAAGAAUAAAGUGCAAUAGAAGAGUAUAUCAAAUAAAUAUCCCUUGGGAUUUACCAUGCCAUCAGCAAUAUUUAUUUGAUAUACUCUUCUAUUGCACUUUAUUCUUUCUAUCUACGAGGGGGGGUUGGAUGUAGGUGCCCUUGAAGGCACGGGUGGGCUAUUUAGUCCGUGUACCUGAUGUACUUUUCAUCUUUUUUUACAAUUUGUUCUUUCUCUCCUUUUCCUCUUACAAUUAUCAUUUUUGUCAAGGAGGUGAGCUGUAGGUGCCCCUGCAUAGCACAUAGUGCAUUUUUCCAUAGUGAAAUCCUAAAUAUAUAUCUUUCUCUUUAUGUGAUACUCUUGGGGCUCCCUCAGCCUAUCGGUAGAUGGGUAUAUAGUUAACCUAACACUAAACCAACGAACAAGCUACUAUCUAUUCAUUUAUUUAGUCUGUUCUAAUCUCAUAUAUAGGCUCUCUAUAUUCAAGGCAGUUUUUCCUAUUCCACAUUCAGGUCCUAUACCCCCAUCCCUCCCCUACUUAUAUCAUAUUGUUAACACAUAUUUCUGUAUAGCACAGACGUGUGCUAUAACGGUAAACCUAGUAAGUGCAAUACUAGAACCUCUCUAAUUUGCUGUUAUCAAGCCAAUCUCAUUGAUUUUAGUAUUUAUUUUUAUUUAUGUAUUCUUACACUGUAUUUAUUUUGUGUGUUACACUUUAGUUUUUUGUAUGCUCAGUCUUCCGUGCGGUACUUUCAUCAAGUUUCCAGUACCUAUUAACGGGUAUACUACCCCUCUUUUUUCUUUGAUUCCAUUAGGGGUUAUCCCCCUCCUUUGUAGUAUACCUUUGUGAGCCGUACUUUAUGUGUUUUUUCUUGUAUCAAUAUUAUGUUGCAGAAAUCGGCUGUG